UCCGCGAGCGAGCGAGCGAGCGAGAGAGAGCGAAACAAAACGUGACUAGGCACCUAAAGCGUCCUGUUAUGCAACUACUGACCUACUAACAUACAUUUUCAGACAGAAAUCAAGAGAGGGAGAAUUGGAGCACGUCACCAACAUAACAUGAUUAUCCAAAGCAAAACAGAAGACACGGAAUCCGUAGCGGCACCGAAACGCGAAUCAUAUCGCUUGUACUAGCAGCUACGAGCGCACCGUACAUUUCAAUUCAAACUGGAGAGAGAGGGAGCGCAAAGAAUAACUGAGCAGUGGCGCGGUGCUACACACUGUGGAUUUUUAAUACUGCACAAAGUCGCCGGUUGCCACAGGAGAUCGGAGGGGGAGAUGGUGUCCUCCUGAGAGUGACAAGCGGCAGCAGACGGAGUGACCUACGUCCCGCGGGCAGCCCGUUACACGGCGAAGCGAGGGUGAGAUCGGAGGUCAGAGCGAAUCCCUGUCCUCGGACCACAGGAUCUUCCUUGCUGUGGCUCAAGCCGCCCAGGCCCCGAGAAGACGGUGGUGUGCCACUUCCUCUCAGCAGGACCGAGGCUUUGCCUCUCGCUGUCCAGGAUCCCAGACGCUUGUUAAAUGCAGGAGGAGCUUUGCGAGGCUCUCCAGCUCUUCCUUGUAUUUUUGGCUGAUUUGGACACUUGAAUUUGGAACUGAGAGUAACUUUCUUAAUAAGAACCACCUGACAUCAGCAAAAUCAAUGAGGUUCAUCCCAAGAAGACCCCCAACACAUCGAGAAGUCUUAUCUGAUCCUACCACUUAGAAUAUCCCAAAAACAAAGAACUAGUAGGAGCAGAAGGUGUAGAGUUAAAGUGUCAUGGAGAGUCUCUCCUCCCAAGUCCCAGCAUCAGGUUCUGGCUCCGGUCACAGUAGUGGCCUGGAGGGAUUGGACAUGUACUCUAGUUACAGUGAGAGCCUCCCAUCACCACCGGGCAAUGUGCCGCGCCAAGGCCGCCUGCUUAAGCCCAAGCCCAAUGGUAGCUGCCGGCGCAAGCGCGAGUUCAUCUCUGACGAGAAGAAGGAUGCCUCAUACUGGGAGAAGCGCCGCAAGAACAACGAGGCGGCCAAGCGGUCGCGGGAGAAGCGGCGGCUCAACGACAUGGUGCUGGAGAACCGCGUCAUGGCGCUGAAUGAUGAGAACUUACGGCUGAAGACGGAGCUUCUGCAGCUGAAACUGCGCUUCGGCCUCAUCAGCACAUCCUCCUACAUGGAGAAGAGCCAGCAGAUAGCCAGCGGGGGCGGUCUGGCUGGAGCUGGAGGUGGUGCUGCUUCCGGACAUUACUUCUCCAGUGCCUACUCCAGCAGUUCUCAGGUUCUGAUGAACUCGGACUCCUCUGAGGCCGAACAAUCCGGCCUGGGGGAGGGCCACACCCUCCUGGCUAAGUACUCCCCGCGUGGCUCGCUGUCCGACAUGUCGGACGGCUCAUCCCGCGACAGCCCAGAGCCUGUGGGGUGCGAGAUCAAGCGUGAGAAUGCGGCCAUGGACAUCGGCGGGCUGGAGGUGGACAUAGCAGGCAGCCCUGGAGGCAGUGCUGCCCACAUUUUGUUCGGCAUCCACUCCAGCCGACUCCCCGCUCAUCACCAGCACACCCACUCGCACCAUCACCAUGGCGAACCCGUGGCCAGCCCCCCUGCUGCUCCACCGGUCCCCCAGAGGAGCGUCAUCCUCUAUCGCUCUAGCAACACCCCCUACUGCACGGAGAAGAGGUCACCAUCUGCACCGCCACCUCCUCCACCAGCACCUCACCAACAGACCUUCUCUGCAACCCACUCGGCCCAGACUCAUAUGGACCCCCCUGGUGCUAAGAACCCAGAAACCCUGGUGGAAGGGUCAGAGCAGCUGGAGAACACGACUCUGGAGUCCCUGUCAUACGAAUUCUCUGAGAGGACAGAGGGACAUGCUUACAGACACACCCGUCCUCUUCAAGAACAGGACGGUGCCACCCUCAUCCCCGACCUACACCCGAGCCGUGAAGAGACACAAGCGCACUUGUACCACCAGCACUCCUACAAUGGCCCUCACGAUGAGGACCCUCCAGUUCUGACAUAUGAAGGAGGCUCCAGGCCCGAGGCAUACUUCCAGGAGUGUCCAGCUUCAACAAAGGACACCUCUUCCAGUGAUGGGGACCCCCGUAGCUCAGACAAAGACACUUCUACUGAUGACGAGAGUCCCUCCUCCUCCUGCUCGGAGGCGGCCAGUUAUCGGCAGCGGCCGCCUGCCGAGUCGCAGGCGACGUCGUUCCUGCCGCCGGGCACUGUGCCAUCAAACCAAAGCCCGGAAGCCCAGGCGGAGGUCAGAGGCACCGCCCUGCCUCACAAGCUGCGGCUCAAGCUUCGGGCAAUGAGCGGCAGUGGCUCGCAGUGCGACGGAGCGUCCGCCCCUCCGCUGCCUCAGCACCCCUACCUGGCCCUUGCCCCGAGCAGCCACCAGGCAACUGGCAAGCAUGCUGAGAGCUGGACGCCCGUGGCAUCACACAAGCAGACGUCCUCUUUCCUGGAAACCGAGGAAGGCUGGAAGGACUGCGGCAAAAAGGAGACGGCCGGGCGGCCCUGCCGCAACAAGAGGCGAGACUGAGGAACGUGGAGGGGUCACUCGGACUGCAGAAUCUCAAGGUUUACUGUGAGAGGCGCGACUGACGCGACUCAAAAUAAAGUUGCUGACUACAACUGGUUCUGUUUUCUGGAGUACCCUUGACAGCCCCCCUUCCCCCAAAGUAUCCUCCACCAGCAUACCUGUAUCCCAGUGGGUCAGCGACCCACUCUACUCUAAAGAGGAUGAAGGAAGGAAGCCAAAUGUACUACGUUAACUGGGGCUGAACUUCUAGCUGCACUGACUCAUAUCCUGUAAGGACUAAUUUGGCCUUUCUCUCCCUGUAGAACACAAGCACUUAAAAGAGAUGGCAGCGGGUGGGGAAUCUACUUUAGCAGUUGUGUCAGGAUGACGGUCAAAAAAAAUAUUGUCAAAAAUUAUUAAAAUGCCAUUUUUAAGUUAAAAAUGUUGUUUAGAAUGAUUCUGUAAAGAAUCCAGAAGUUUUUGUGAAGUAUCAGUGCCCUGUUUAUGGUAGUUUUGACAUGGAUACAAUGUGUUGGCCACCACAAAAACCAAAUGCAAUGCAUUCUGGGAACACUACCUUGACCAAAGAAGCAACACCGUGACCGAGAGAUCUGUCUCGCUCCACCAUCUCUGAACCUCUUUCACUCCUCUUUAUUUUUCUCUUAUUUUUCAAGCACUUGGUAUGUACAUUACUGUGAUAUAAAAUAUGCAUAUUAAAUGAAUAUAUAUUUUAAGAAGAAAACAAAAAAAUACUCCAAAAAAAAAAAAAAUAGAAUGGACCGACAGUAAUGGGGAGAGGGGAAUUUGAGCAGUCUAGUCAUUAAAAUGAUUGUACAGUCCUAUUUUGUCUGCAAAACCCAUCAAUGAUUGAUGUUUAUUUAUUGUAUUUUGUAGUUCUUAAGUUUCUUUUAAAAAAAAAAAAAAAAAAAGUAGAUCACCGUGUUGUGUUUCCCCCUUUCCAUCAUCCCAUGGGGCUGUUGGCACACACUAACACUCAGCAAGGCUUGCCCUGGUGGAAAGCGGGCUCUGUGCUGUCCUCAAUUGUGCCAUGAUCUGGGAGAGGAAACGCAGAAGGAGCCCAAUGCAGGGCAAGUCUGGCUGAAUGUUAUAGAGUAAGAGGCGGUAAAUAAAUAAACAAACACGAAAGAAUGAGGUGCCAUGUGAAAAGGCUCCCCACAAACCGUUAUGGGAACAUGUAACCGGGCCAAACUGAUCCCAGCUCAGUCUUGGGCCUCUGUCUUUAUUCCCCUGAUCAGUGUUUCCCAAUCCGGCCCUUGGGGACCCAUGGAUAGUCCAUGUUCCUGCUUCCUCCCAGCUCCCUGCCAGACAGUUCACAUUUUUGCUGGCAAGAAAGGAGGGUGCAAAAAUGUGGACCGUCCAGGGGUCUCUGAGGACCGGUUUGAGAAACAUCGCUCUAUAUAUUUACUGUGUAUCUAACCCCCCCACCCCCAGUUACCCUGAAUAAGGAGGAAAUGCUUUGGUAAAUCUAGGCUACGGAAGCAGAUUUGCAUUGUGCCGUCAUGCAAAGAAAUUGGAGUGUGUCAAAAUAGCAAAAUCUGUGAGGGGGGGGGGGGUGUUGAAAUGCAUUCCCCAAAUGGGCUGCCCUAGACCUCUAGAAUGAGCAGAAAGUUAAGCUAAAUCUCCUUACCAGCACCAAGCUACACCCUGACCCCCACCCUCCAGAAUCGCAUCCCGGCGUUGUGGGACACACCCUCUGCUACCCAGCACAGCACCUCUGCUCACUCCCACUGACAAAUCCUAAUGACACUAGGAGUGGACAAUAACUGAAUUAAGGCCUCUUCUCUAAGGGUUACUUCCCCUUUCUCCACCGUGCUCGCCAGCGCCCCCUUCCUGUACAGCUUUCCUAUUGUACAAUGUGAGGCAAACACUGUAUUGUAUGGUUUGUAUCUGUGUAAAGCUGCUUCGCUUCUUGAGGUGCCUGGAAUUCAGGCUGUUGUGUAUAAAUGUAAAGAUCUCCCGUUGACAAUGUUGUAAUGCUUAUUUUAUUAUUAUUUUUUUUGUUACUUUAAAUUUAUUCUUUUUUUUGUAAGUGUUUUUAUCCUACGGUGUCUGCCCUCCUGUCGACUGUGAUGAAGUGUAACUUACCUUUUGACUCUGUAUUUGACGGCCAUGUGUGUGUGCGCUUGCUGAAGGUUUUGAGAAAAAGAAAGGAAAAAAAAAAAGAGAACAGGAGGGUUGUGUGAUGUUUACACCCCAUUAAAUUGUAAACAGGGGCCUAACAGUCCUUGUGACAAACGGGUGCAUUUCAAACACAAAAAAAAAAGAAAAUAAAAACAAGACAGUUGCUGAA